AACUGGAUGAUUUGAACUCUGAACUUUCACAAAGUGUAAUUGAAAACAAAAACCACCACCCAGCCUUGAGAAACCGAUUGCAUAGACUUAGUCACAACUUUAAGUUCCUGUUGAACUAGAUGUGAACUAUCAGGUCAUUUCUACCCUUAUAAUUUCCUCAUUUUGUGGAUGUAACAAGACUAAAAGCUCUAUAAAUAUCCAGUGAUUCUGCAGUAAGGACUGAAGGUGCUGGCUGGAUAAGAAGACGGAUCAUUCUGCAUCAGCUUGCAAAUUUGCAUCUUAUCAUCUGCACCAUGAAGUUGUUGACUGUGUUCCUCCUGGUUUCCUCUGUGGUCGUUCAGGCCAGUGCACAUUUUGGCUCGAUCCAGACAUCCAUCACCUGUCCUUCUGGCUGGACUCCGAUCAACAGUCGCUGCUUUCUCUAUGUUCCCAAUGACAUGACUUGGGCGAAUGCAGAGAAAAACUGUCUGUCCAAGGGGGCAAACCUUGCAUCAGUUCACAACGCGGACGAGUACCAUCAGGUUCAGAAUCUGAUAGCUGCAGCAGGUCACAGGUCCAAACUAGCAUGGAUUGGAGGCACUGAUGGACAGCAGGAGAAGACUUGGUUUUGGAGCGAUGGAAGCCCGAUGAUCUACACAAACUGGUGUUACCGACAGCCUGAUAAUGGAUUAGGCACACAGCACUGCCUACAGAUGAACUAUACAAAUGAAAAGUGCUGGGAUGACUGCUGGUGUCAUUACCGUCGACCUUCUGUCUGCUCCAAGAAGGCCUGAAAAAAAGGUUCCCAAAGAGGCCUGAUGUGUAAAACAGAACCAGUGGAGGAUGAAUGCUAGGAGUUUCUGUUUACCUGCCAUUUUGCACCUUCAUAGAAAACCCAAAAGAUAUUUCUGCUUCUUCACUUCAUAUCAUUUCUGUCUUUAAUGCAACCUAAAGAAUGAAGCGACAAGCAAACAGCAGCUGGAUUGUCUCUCUGUAAUAAGAUCAGACUGAAUGAGUUAUAAUAAAAGAUCAUCUAAGCAAAACUUUCUUCUAUUCUUUGGUCUAGCAAAAAAUAAAACUUUGAGCAAUCAAGA